AUGGGGAACCCCACAGCCUCCGGGGAAGUGCCUCCCAGCAUGGCCAUCAAGAUCUUCUCAGCCGGAGCGGGGGCCUGUGUGGCCGAUGUGAUCACCUUCCCGCUGGACACGGCCAAAGUCCGGCUCCAGAUCCAAGGCGAAUCCCCAGCCUCCGGGGCCCCCAAGUAUAAAGGCGUCCUGGGAACGAUCACCACCUUGGCGAAAACAGAAGGGCCGGUGAAGCUGUACAGCGGCCUGCCCGCUGGCCUCCAGAGACAGAUCAGCUUUGCCUCGCUCAGGAUCGGGCUCUAUGACACCGUCGGGGAGUUCUUCGCGGCGGGGAAAGACCGUAAGCCACCAGAGGCCCCGGGGCGGGCUACUUUAGGAAGCAGGAUCUUAGCUGGGCUGUCGACCGGAGGAGUGGCAGUGUUCAUCGGGCAACCCACAGAGGUCGUGAAGGUCCGACUUCAGGCGCAGAGCCAUCUGCAUGGUCCAAAGCCUCGCUACACUGGCACUUACAAUGCCUACAGAAUCAUAGCAACCACUGAAGGCUUGACGGGCCUUUGGAAAGGGACUACUCCCAAUCUGGCAAGAAAUGUCGUCAUCAAUUGUACAGAGCUAGUAACGUACGACCUAAUGAAGGAGACCCUUGUGAAAAACAAAAUCCUAGCAGAUGACCUGCCCUGCCACUUCGUGUCGGCUGUCAUCGCCGGGUUUUGCACAACGCUUCUGUCUUCUCCAAUGGAUGUGGUGAAAACCAGAUUUAUAAAUUCGACACCAGGGCAGUACACAAGUGUGCCCAACUGCAUAAUGACAAUGUUCAUAAAGGAAGGACCGUCAGCUUUCUUCAAAGGGUUAGUACCUUCCUUCUUGCGACUGGGAUCCUGGAAUGUCAUCAUGUUCGUGUGCUUUGAGCGGCUGAAGAAAGAGCUGAUGAAGUCGAGGCAGCCCGUGGACUACGCCACAUGA